AUGGGUAGGAAACUGGGCCUUUUCCGGGCUAUAUACCUGGUGUCGGCCAGUUGUAUGGGAUCUUUCGCUUUUGCGUUCGACACUGGUGUUAUCAGCGGUGUUCUGACUCUGGAAUCCUUCCAGAAUGACUUCGGAUACGGCUCGAAGCAGCAGACGUCGGUCAACUCGAACGCCGUGUCUAUUCUCCAGGCGGGCGCAUUCUUCGGCUGCUUUUUCACUAUGCCCGUCGCAUCGAGACUGGGUCGACGGUCGGGCCUCAUUCUCAGCUCGCUGAUCUUCACAGUCGGGACCAUCUUGCAGGUCAUCAACGCGCAUACCCUCGGUACAUUCUACGCGGGACGGGUCAUAGCUGGCGUGGGGAUCGGAGCGGCUACCGUGUUGAUCCCCAUGUAUGCGGCGGAGAUGUCCCCGAAGGAAAUCCGUGGCCGACUGGGCGCUUGUUUCCAGCUGUUCUUUGCGCUGGGGGUCAUGAUCGCCUAUUGGGUGACAUAUGCCGUAUCGAAGAACCAGCCGUCGGCUACCAAGCAGUGGCAGAUUGCACUGGGGUUGCAGCUGUUGCCUUCGACCCUGCUACUAGCAGGGAUGUGUACCGUAAAAGAGAGCGCUCGAUGGCUUGCGGCCAAAGGCAAGACCGAGAAGGCGUGGGAGUCGCUGAAAUGGGUCCGAGGGGGUGAGGAAACAGAGGAACUCCGGCAAGAGUUUGACGAGAUCAUUGCGGGUAUCGAGGAAGAGGCACGAGUCCGAGAGAAUCUGACACUGCGCGAGCUCUUCCUCCCGGUGAACCGAUACCGGUUGUUCAUCGCCGUCACGAUCCAACUCUGCGCGCAGCUGACCGGCAACACGUCGCUGGCCUACUACGCCAACCAGAUCUUCUCCGCCGUCGGGGCAGGCAGUUCGGCCAAGCUGGUCACGGGCUUCUUCGGGGUGGUCAAAGUGGUGGGAGUCAGCAUCUUCCAGCUCUUUGUGAUGGACCGCAUUGGCCGACGCGUCCCGUUCAUGGCGGGCGCCUUCGCCAUGGGGUCGUUCAUGCUCAUCAUCGCCUGCGUUCUGGCCACACACCCGACCAGCGCUAGCGGCGAACAAUCCGGGGCCACGAAAGCGGGGAUCGCAAUGAUAAUCAUGACCUACGCGGAGGCGUUCAGCUUCAACAUGUCCUGGGGGCCACUGCCCUGGCUGUACGUGGGCGAGAUCUUCUCGAGUCGCACGCGAGAAAUCGGCGUGGCGGUUGGAGCCGCUUCGCAGUGGCUGUUCAAUUUUAUGAUGUCACAGGUCACGCCACACGCGAUAGACAAUAUUGGAUGGCGCAUGUUUCUGAUGUUUGCCAUUUUCAACUACGCGGUGAUCGUCUACUCGUGGUUCUUUUUGAAGGAGACCUCGAGACAUUCCCUGGAAGAAAUGCAGGAAGUCUUUGGCGGCGAGCCACAACCCGACAAACUCCCGGACGAGUCAGGGGUUCUGGACCGGAAAUAA